AUGUUCCGAGUUGCCUUCAAUCGUCUGGGUGCUGCUGCUCAGCCUAGUGGUGGUGUACUACAAGGCCUCAAAGCUAGUGGAGGGUUCAAGGCAGCAUUCAGGGAGUCAACCUUCUGGAGCUCUCCUGCUGUGAUGGGGACCACAUUCCUAGCUGUCCUAUCCCUCCCCUUCGUAUACCGUAUUGGAUCGGCCAUGUAUUGGACUAAGGAAUUGAGGAAGCUCAAUGCUAGGGAGGUCAUCAAUGACCGGUUCAAUUGGCUACAUACCGAGAUGCUGGAUGAUGAGGUUACUAAACAGUGCGCAAAGCAAACCCCUAAGGGAUUACAGAUGAUUGGUAACACCGAUGCUUCUUAA